AUGAAGUCACAACGAGCUGAGCAGAGUAGCUGGCGAUCAAAUGAUUUCGGGUCCCUGCUAGCUAUUUCUGAUCUUGAAGCUAUUCCUUCAGGACACAUGAUUACACUAUAUUACAAGUUGAAAAAAAAAAAAAAGACCACAGAAGGAGCACGGGCUCGCCUCCUCUCCCUCUCGCCAGUCAUCGCCGCCGCCACCACCCACGUCGGCCGCUUCCGGCGACCUCUGGCGACGCGCAACACGCCCCCGAGCUCCCCACGGUCCAGGCCUCCCUCCCCUCCGGCCAGAUUCUCUGCUCCCGUCCUCUACCGCCUGCUUGCAACCCCACUCCUGUGGCUAGGGUUUCGGGCAGGGCUUCGCCAGCGCGUCUCCGGCGGCCCCAGUUAUUUGGAUCAUCGUCGUGUCACAAGUUUCCGACAUCGCUUUACACACCGUGGACUUCACCGGAAAUCCGUCUGCACGUACUCCGCUGUCCGCCGGAACCUCAUCUACCUGUGGACUGAGGAAAGCAAGACAGGGCCGCCUUUAUAUCUUGGGUCACUCCGUAGCAGGGAGCAAGAGUGGGCACAUCCGAGUUUAGCACAUCAGAGUUUAGAUAUUCAAUCACUGUUUUGCAAUCCAUCUCAAGCUCCGCGGCUUCAUCUUCCUCCACACUGUCGGAAAAUGGUAACUCACAGUAUGUCGACAAAUACACUUAGCCUCUGUAAUCCCUGGCUACUACUCCGGCCCAUCCCGACCACUGAUCUGCUAAAAUCUUGUGUCAUUGUUCAACUAGGCCGUGCCAUGUUCCGGUGGAGUCUACUGUAUGGGUGGCAGUGAAACAUGUAUUUGCGUGGCCUAUCUCUUACUCGUACUUCUGCAGGAAGCUGCCAAAAUGCAGGACAUAUUCUUUUCCUUCACGGACUACUACAACACACGGGCAUUUUCACGAAUAGAACAUCGGGAUUUUAUGUUUUUGUAGCCUGCACCGGAGGCUGUAGAGUUAAGUUUUUGUACAUUUUGUGAAUCGUUUUGUUCCAGAUUCUCUUUGUUUAUAGUCUAACUAUAUAAGGUUAUUUGCUAUGUGCACAUUUGCUUUUUCGAUUGUUGAUCAUGUCUCUGUGCACUUACAUCCUUCUGUUAACAGUUUAGUGAUUUAAUAAUUAUUCAGAAGGGACGCUGCAUGUUCCUAGAUGCAUAGCUUUUCUUAUAUAGAUUUUCAUUACACUGAGAUUUUUUUUGAGGGAUAACAAUGGGAUUUAAGAUAGUAGUAUAUUUUUGUAGAAUUCUCAAACUGAAAUCCUAUCAAACCAUACCUUCAAAGGCCAACAUAAUGGCACCUUAAAUAAAUGCUAAUCUGCACUCACGCUGCAAUCUGGCGCCCAUUCUUCUGGUGAUUUGGUCAAAGCUACAACCAAGCAAAGAUAUUUUACAUGCUAUAUGAACUAAGAUAUGGAUUUUGUGUUCCCAGGUCUAUAAUAUCCAUGCUCAGCCGGUUCCCUGCAAGCGCUUUCGGCCAUGACCUCAAGUUCUGCAGCUAGGCCGUGAAGUGUUGGUCCUUCUCAUCGUCCACCGAUGAUGGUGCCGAGAGAAGUAGGGGAAUGAGGAUGUUGCUGUCAUGGUCGUCGAAACGACUUGCCGUGGACGCAGUCACGCACUAGAUGCCAUUGACGGCUAGCCAUGGACGAUCACCUCGCCGCCUCCGCAAAAUAUGGAUGCACGAGAUUCUGGUACUAACAUUGUGGAGUGUGUGCGAUUUCAGUGCUGUGACUUAUACACUUUGUGGAAGAAACCCCCGGUUUGAUUUACAGGUGAUGCUGAUUCGUUUGGGAUCUACUUCUGACAGAUCAAUUUGGUUUGUUGGCUGCUGAGUGGCUUCAUGUGAUGCUACCCAGCAGCCAACAAAGCCCCAAAGCUACACGUAUGUACUAUAACAUGGCCCUAGAGCUACACGUAUGUACCAUAAUGUUUCAUCUUUCGAUUUUGACGUUCAAUAUUGACUCCUUGAUCCUGUUUCUUAGGGUUCAUGAUUGACAAUUUGUCUUGGGCUAUGGAACA